AUGAGCGGGACCUGGUCGCCUUCUAUCACUUCCUUGGCCAGGAUCACCCGGCCUCCAGGCUCCAAGCAAAGUACAUACCACUCCAUGCAGUCAUGCACCGGUGGUGGUACCUUCAAUGGCCAACAGGGACACACAUGCAUGCCGGAUCCGGCGGGAGCAGAGCGGAAGUCCAGAGCGUGA